AUGAGUGGACAAGUGGGUGACCUGAGCCCAUUGCAGAAGAAGUUGCUGGCCCAGUUCCGGGAGAACAUCCAGGAUGUGCUGUCUGCCCUGCCCAAUCCUGAUGACUUCUUCCUCCUGCGCUGGCUCCGAGCUCGGAGCUUUGACCUGCAGAGAUCAGAGGACAUGCUUCGGAAGCACAUGGAGUUCCGGAAGCAGCAGAACCUGGACAACAUUCUGGCCUGGCAGCCCCCGGAGGUUGUCAGGCUGUACAACGCCAGCGGCAUCUGCGGCCACGGCAGCGGUGGCUGCCCUGUCUGGUACCACAUCGUAGGAAGCCUGGACCCCAAGGGCCUCUUCCUCUCGGCCUCCAAACAGGAGCUCUUCAAGGACAAGCUCCGGAGCUGUGAGCUGCUCCUGCGGGACUGUGAGCAGCAGAGUCGGAAGCUGGGGCAGAAGGUGGAGAAAAUCAUAGCCGUGUUUGAUUUUGAGGGGAUGGGCCUGAGGCAUCUGUGGAAGCCAGGAAUGGAGUUUGUACAGGAGUUUUUCUCAGCACUUGAAGCAAAUUACCCCGAGAUUUUGAAGCAUUUCAUUGCUGUGAGAGCCCCCAAGUUAUUCCCCGUGGCCUUCAACCUGGUCAAGUCGUACAUGAGCGAGGAUACACGCAGGAAGGUGGUGAUUCUGGGAGACAACUGGAAGCAGGAGCUGACAAAGUUCAUCAGCCCCGACCAGCUGCCUGUGGAGUUUGGGGGGACCAUGACUGACCCUGAUGGCAACCCCAAGUGCCUGACCAAGAUCAGCUACGGGGGCGAGGUGCCCAAGAGCUACUACCUGUGCAACCAGGUGAGGGUGCAGUACGAGCACACAGUCUGGGCGGGGCCCGGAGCCCAUGCAGGUGGUCGUCAGUGGGGCUGUGUGCACUGCAGGUGGCAGUUUGCAUCGGAUGGUGGGGACAUUGGCUUUGGGAUUUUCCUGAAGACCAAGAUGGGAGAGCGGCAGAAGGCAGGGGAGAUGACGAAGGUGCUGCCCAGCCAGCGCUACAAUGCCCACCUGGUCCCCGAGGAUGGGAGCCUCACCUGCCUCAAGGCCGGCGUCUAUGUCCUAAGGUUUGACAACACCUACAGCCUGGUUCAUUCUAAACGCAUCAGCUACACCGUGGAGGUGCUGCUCCCAGACCAAACCAUCAUGGAGAAGCUGGAGAAAUUCUAG